GUUUGACUGUCGUGUAAACACGGUAAACACCUAAACACAAUAAUCGGAGUGCAACGUUUCUAAUUAAAAUUUCGCUUCAUUUUAAUUGCGAAGAAGCAUCUAAAAAUGUCUCUUUGGGUUGAUCGUUAUCGACCGCGCGAGUUGAACAAGCUGGAUUACCACAAAACGCAAGCCGGUCAGCUAAUCAAUCUUUGCUCUCAGGGUGAUUUUCCCCACUUGAUGUUUUACGGUCCUUCCGGUGCCGGUAAGAAAACUCGGAUUAUGUGUCUGCUGCGGGAACUGUACGGUACCGGUGUCGAGCGGUUGCGAAAUGAGGUCAUGAAUUUUACGACGCCAUCGAAUCGAAAGGUGGAAAUUAUGACAGUCAGCAGUAACUACCACAUCGAGGUAAACCCAUCGGAUGCCGGAAUUUACGAUCGUGUGGUCAUUACCGAUAUGAUCAAGCAGAUUGCGCAAACUCAGCAGAUAGACCCUAGCGGUCAGCGCGAGUUCAAAACCAUUGUCCUAUCGGAAGUAGACGAACUGACGAAGGAUGCCCAGCAUGCAUUGCGAAGAACCAUGGAAAAGUAUGUGGCCACAUGUCGGCUGGUUUUAACUGUGAACUCAACGUCUCGGGUUAUUCCGGCUGUUAAAAGUCGUUGCCUGGGUAUCCGUGUGUCAGCCCCGACUAACGAACAAAUCAUUGGCAUACUUAAUAACAUUUGUAAAAAAGAAAACCUUCACAUUCCUUCGGAACUGGCUGCCAAGAUAGCUGAGAAAUCGGACCGCAAUCUCCGGCGCGCAAUCCUUAUGCUGGAAGCUUGCAAAGUACAGCAGUAUCCGUUCACUGUGAACCAGGAUGUGCCGGAAAUCGACUGGCAAGUGUUUCUGAAGGAAACGGCCAAUCAAAUCGUCCAGGAGCAAAGUCCGCAAAAGUUGGAAACCGUACGGGAACGUUUGUACGAGCUGCUUUCGCAGGGUGUCCCUGCGGAUAUUAUUUUCCGCGGCUUGGUUCAGAAUCUGGUGAAAAAUUGCGACAUGAGUAUAAAGACGCAAACGCUGAAAUACGCCGGAUUGUACGAGCAUCGGAUGCAGCAGGGAAGCAAACAUAUUUUCCACCUGGAAGCUUUCGUUGCACAGUUUAUGGCCCUGUACAAACGAUUCCUGAAUCAAGCUGCCGUGAUGGAUAUGGACGACUUUUGAAAUGUUACGCUGUCUAAUUGGUUAGUAUAAAUAAGUUUCGUAUAAAAA